AGGACAAGAGCAUUUUCGCGACUUGUUUUGCUCCCUGCUUCGCUGAAAUGACAGUUGUUUUGUUCAGUGUCCCCCUCCUGCUGCGGCUGCAUGUGGUACAGUCCAUAAUGUGAAGCGGCACGGUCCCCCUUGCUUCAGUUUAUGGUAAGUCCGUGUCCACUCCUGCUCGACCGAAGGCGUCCAACGGCUUUAUUCUGCCGUGUGAACCGGGAUGCGGGGGGCUUCAUGAAGCGGCGGGCUGCCGAGCGUGGUUCUGUCACCGCCGGGAAAUUAAAGUUGUUUAUCCCUCGUCUACGUCUCUCAUUAGCAGCAAGCACGCAGCAGUCCGGUCCGCAUGAGAGAGGCUCCUCCGCUGAAUUUCAGCCGUUUUGUUGAAUUUCCUUGACGGUUGAGAAUCAGCAGCAGCAGGGACCAAAACCAACAAGCCGCGGCCGCUUGACAGGUGCCGUCGCCCGGCUGUGCGUGGAGAGAUGCCGCCCGUCCAGAGAACGAUGUCAGAUCUUCGUAGCCGAUCGGAGGGAUAUGAAAAGACAGAGGACACAUCAGAAAAGACAUCCUUGGCUGACCAAGAAGAUGCCCGACUGAUAUACCUCAACCAGCCACAGUUCACAAAGUUUUGCAGCAAUCGGGUCAGCACGGCCAAAUAUAAUGUCCUCACCUUCCUUCCUCGAUUCCUCUACUCACAGUUCAGGAGGGCAGCCAACGCCUUCUUUCUCUUCAUUGCACUCUUGCAGCAAAUUCCUGAUGUGUCUCCCACUGGUCGCUGGACCACACUGGUGCCGCUGCUCUUCAUCCUGGUGGUGGCUGCUGUUAAGGAGAUCAUUGAGGAUCUGAAACGUCACAACGCUGACAAUGUUGUCAACAAAAAGGAAUGUCAAGUACUGAGGAAUGGUGCCUGGGAGAUUGUGCACUGGGAGAAGGUGGCUGUUGGGGAAGUAGUCAGAGCUGCAAAUGGGGAUCACCUCCCGGCUGACCUCGUCAUACUGUCGUCCAGUGAACCACAAGGUAUGUGCUACAUUGAAACAUCGAACUUGGAUGGAGAAACAAACCUUAAAAUCAGACAGGGCCUCCAGAUGACUGCGGACAUAAAGGAAAUUGACAGCCUGAUGCGUCUGUCUGGGCGGAUGGAGUGUGAAAGCCCAAACCGCCAUCUGUACGAGUUUGUUGGGAACAUCCGCCUGGAUGGACACAGCACGGUGCCACUGGGUCCAGACCAGAUCUUACUGAGAGGAGCCCAGCUGAGGAACACUCAGUGGGUCCAUGGUGUGGUGGUCUACACAGGACAUGACACAAAGCUCAUGCAGAAUUCCACACGGCCUCCUCUGAAGCUGUCCAACGUGGAGCGUAUCACCAACUUUCAGAUCCUUGUGCUGUUUGGCUGCCUGCUGGCCAUCUCUCUGGUCUGCUCCAUCGGCCAAACCAUCUGGAAGUACCAGUACGGCAAUGAUGCCUGGUACAUGGACCUCAACUAUGGCGGCGCGGCUAACUUUGGCCUCAACUUCCUCACCUUCAUUAUCCUGUUCAACAACCUGAUACCUAUCAGUCUCCUGGUCACACUGGAGGUUAUCAAGUUCAUCCAAGCCUUUUUCAUCAACUGGGACACAGAUAUGCUCUAUGAGCCCACAAACACCCCUGCCAUGGCCCGCACCUCCAACCUGAAUGAAGAACUAGGCCAGGUGAAAUACAUUUUCUCUGACAAGACCGGAACUCUGACCUGCAACGUAAUGCAGUUCAAGAAGUGCACCAUUGCCGGUGUGGCCUAUGGUCACGUCCCUGAGGCUGACGAGGGUAGUUUUGCGGAGGACGACUGGCACAGCACACACUCGUCAGACGAGGCAGGAUUUAAUGACCCAAGCUUACUGGAAAACCUCCAAAGCAAUCAUCCUACAGCUGCAGUUAUCCUGGAGUUCAUGACCAUGAUGGCCAUCUGUCACACUGCAGUUCCUGAGCGCAUGGAUGGAAAAAUCACCUACCAGGCUGCAUCUCCAGAUGAAGGAGCUCUGGUGAGAGCAGCACAAAACCUUGGCUUUGUGUUUUCUGGUCGGACUCCAGACAGCGUCAUUGUGGAAAUGCUCGGAACAGAGGAAAAGUAUGAACUGCUUCAUGUGCUGGAGUUUACAAGUGCGAGGAAGAGGAUGUCAGUCAUCAUGCGCACCCCAUCUGGGAGGAUCCGCCUCUACUGCAAAGGAGCUGACACAGUGAUCUAUGAUCGUCUGGCAGACAGCUCGAGGUACAAAGAGAUCACGUUGAAGCACCUGGAGCAGUUUGCCACUGAGGGCCUGCGCACCCUGUGCUUUGCGGUGGCAGACAUCAGCGAGUCGUCCUAUCAGCAGUGGCAGGAGCUCCACCACAGAGCCUGCACCUCCCUGCAGAACAGAGCCCUGAAACUGGAGGAGAGCUACGAACUGAUAGAGAAGAACCUGCAGCUCCUGGGCGCCACGGCGAUAGAGGACAAGCUCCAAGAUAAGGUGCCUGAGACCAUUGAGACUCUAAUGAAGGCUGACAUCAAGAUCUGGAUCCUGACUGGAGACAAACAAGAAACGGCCAUCAACAUUGGACAUUCCUGCAAACUACUGACCAAGAACAUGGGCAUGCUCGUGAUCAAUGAAGACACACUCGAUGGAACAAGGGAAACCCUCAGCCACCACUGUGGAAUGCUGGGAGAUGCCCUCUACAAGGAAAAUGACUUUGCUCUCAUUAUUGACGGAAAGACUCUUAAAUAUGCCCUUACUUUUGGAGUGCGUCAGUACUUCCUGGACCUCGCCCUGUCCUGUAAAGCUGUCAUAUGCUGCAGAGUAUCUCCUCUUCAGAAGUCAGAGGUGGUUGAGAUGGUGAAGAAGCAGGUGAAGGUGAUCACGCUGGCCAUCGGUGACGGUGCUAAUGACGUAGGAAUGAUCCAGACAGCUCAUGUCGGUGUGGGAAUCUCAGGCAACGAGGGUCUGCAGGCAGCAAACUCCUCCGACUACUCUAUCGCCCAGUUCAAAUACCUAAAGAAUCUGCUGCUCGUCCAUGGAGCCUGGAAUUACAACCGUGUAGCCAAGUGUAUCCUCUACUGCUUCUACAAGAACAUUGUUCUCUACAUCAUCGAGAUCUGGUUCGCGUUCGUCAAUGGCUUCUCUGGUCAGAUUCUGUUUGAGCGCUGGUGCAUUGGCCUGUACAAUGUGAUCUUCACUGCUUUGCCUCCUCUCACUCUUGGAAUAUUCGAGCGCUCCUGCAGGAAAGAAAAUAUGCUGAAGUACCCUGAACUCUACAAAACCUCCCAGAAUGCAAUGGGUUUUAAUACCAAGGUCUUCUGGGCCCAUUGUCUGAACGGCCUCUUCCACUCCGUCAUCCUCUUCUGGUUCCCCCUUAAAGCCUUCCAACAUGAUACAGUUUUUGGCAAUGGAAGAACUCCAGACUAUCUCCUCUUGGGCAACAUGGUUUACACAUUUGUGGUCAUCACAGUUUGCCUUAAAGCCGGCCUUGAAACUUCAUCCUGGACCAUGUUCAGUCACAUCGCCAUCUGGGGAAGCAUCGGCCUGUGGGUGGUGUUUUUCAUUAUCUAUUCCUCCUUGUGGCCCCUCAUCCCUCUGGCACCCGACAUGUCAGGCGAGGCGGACAUGAUGUUCAAAUCAGGGGUCUUCUGGAUGGGCCUGUUCUUCAUCCCAGUCACCUCGCUGGUCUUUGACGUGGCCUACAAAGUCGUGAAGAAGGCGUGUUUCAAGACCCUGGUGGACGAGGUGCAGGAGCUCGAGGCUUUAUCCAAAGACCCUGGAGCCGUGGUGCACGGGAAGAGUUUGACGGAGAGGGCACAGCUCCUGAAGAACGUCUUUAAGAAGAGCACUGUCAGUCUGUACCGGUCUGAGUCCAUGCAGCAGAACCUGCUCCAUGGCUACGCCUUCUCUCAAGACGAGAACGGAGUGGUGUCUCAGUCUGAGGUCAUCCGGGCGUACGACACCACCAAACAGAGGACCAACGAGUGGUGAGCCGCCGGCCUUCUUGCUCUCGGCCGGCCAGUUGGGAGCCGCAGCGGCCGUUUCGAUGGCGAUUUUUGAAGCUGAACGAGGAGGAAGCGUUGGUGCGAGCCUCCAGCAGUGAGGGGAGUUUUUAAGACGAGAAACGGACAGAAGAGAGUGACAUUGUGUAGUCUUUAAAAAAGGGAAAAAAUAACAAGGAACAACACAAAAACGUGUUCACUAUCAGCUGUAGUUGUGUGUCCAGCAGACAUGAUGAGCACUGUGCUUUCUUAGCAGUCUGUGGUCUGAAGUUCUUCACUGUUCUUGCUCAGUUUGUCGGAGUGAACGUCUCCUUUCUAUUGAUUUAAGGAAUGACAGCUUUUAGCACUGAGCCAAAAUGCCUAAAAUCAUUAUAUUCAAUUAAAAUCAAACUCCUAAACACUGUUAUAAAAGUUGAAACACUGGACAAUGAGUAGUCUGAGGAUUUGAACUUGUGAAAGAUUGCCAAAGAGCAGUCGUGUAUACAAUCGUCCAAGUACUAGUGAUUCGGAACACUUUAAACCAAAUGUAAUUAAACUCCUGUGUGUAUUCCAGCACUGAACAGACCACUUCAGAGCAGAUGUUUGUAACUUUGAAUUUUCUUUUUGCACUUAAGGAAGCAUCUGUUGUGUAAAGCCUUACAUUUGCUCAUGCCUUCGUCCUUCUUCAUUUUCUUUUAAAGUACAUUUAUUUUUAGUUAUUUUUUUUAAGUAUGUAGAUAUUGUGCCUGGUUUUCUUUGUUUUUAGCUUUUCAUUUUUUAACGCGUUGCCUCCUGCAACCCAUGGUAGUCCUGUUUCCACCGUUUUAACAGCAGAAGUAUUGCUCUUGACUUAUAAUUGCAUUCCACACAUCACUCCUGUUUCAACAAUCACAACGGUGCCUACGUGAAACUUUUCCCUCUUAGAAGAAAAACACAGCCAAGAGUAGUUUAGCCGGCUAGCUUAGACCAGUGCUCCACACACACACACACACACACACACACACACACACACACACACACACACACACCUGCUGAGGACAAAAACACUGUCUCCCCACCACAGUAUUGCACUCCUACAAUGUGAAAGCUACAGAUGUUAGAACUUGUUCUUGCAGAGGUGAACAGGAGGCUCUCUGACGGUCUUGUUGAAGCUUACAGUGGUGGUCGUGUUUCCCUUAAAAUGGAGAUUUUAUCCUAACAUAAGUGCCAUUAGCUUAAGGGAGAGAGAAAAAUAUUAGCCAGGAAACUCCACGACAGUAUCAAAACUGUAUCAAAACUACUUUGUCUCUAUAGUUAUUUUGUGGAUUUGUAUUUUUAUAUUGGAGAUGUAUGAAUUUUGCAUUGACUGGCUUUGUAAUGAAUCGUCUGUAACUUUUAGUUUUUUCUUCCUCUGAUAAACUGGCAGGAUAGAAUGGAUCUAAUGAGGAAACGGAGCUUUCUUAAAUGUCUUGUUCUUAUUAAUAUUGUUACAGCUUGAUUUAUUUAUAAUUGACUACUUAAUGUCCGUGUGAUUGCUUUCUUCUCCCUAUGGGAGAUCAGAUUUCUGAUGGCGCGAGUGUGUGUGUCGGUUUAUUGCCUGCAUGUGCAUGUGCUGUAUGUGAACGAGUGUGUGUGAGGCUGUGUGUGUCACCUCUACUGUGGAUUACUUCUAUGUAUGCAUUGCAUGUCUGUGUCCUCUAUGCGAGACUGGGAGCUUGUGGCGCCUCGGUCCUCCUGGUGUGUUUCUUUUAUCGUAUAUGGGCGUGUAUGGGUGUGUGCGUAGUGACGCUUGCUCCAGUUGUCCGUCUGCACGACUCCAGGUAUAGCUAUGGUGUACUACUGUGUGCCGAUGCAUGGCCCGUAUGGGAAAGUGAGACUGUCAGUGUGCGGUAUGACUGUGUGUGUUUGUGGUCAAACUCUCGGCCUCGAUUGUGGGAGUUUCUGAUGCUCAGCUCGCUUCGACAGGAGAUGUUGCACAAUGCACUCAAUGUACCUUUCCAGUUGUGGAUAUCUGGUAUUAUCUGGUUUCGGUAUAUGAUUUCUCUCGAGUGUACAUGUUUGUAACUUGUUUUCUUCAUGCAGUGUACCUCUGCUUUACAGGAAAGCUCUUUUGUGUUUUGGGUUCAUGAUUAUUUUUCUCUGCUGGUCUUUUAGCGUGAAAACUUAAUCAGUUGUCAUCUUGUCAACAAUUUCCAACAAGCUGAAUGUGGAUGUCGUCGUUGCGGAAGGCUUGGACUGUUGCUUUCUUUUUCCAGAAAACAUAAAACACACGUUGUUGUCUGUGAAGGUCGUGGGCUGCAUGAAUGGAAAACACAAACCGUUCUCUGAAGUGUUAACUGUACUACUUUGAUUCUCCCUCGAGUGUUGAUCACUUUACAAAAGAGGAAAAAAAUGCACCUUUAACUUUUGUUUUCAAUAUUUUUAUUUUCUGUCAUUUUGUUCAAUGAUUGUUCUGCAUGUUGGGACUGCAAACUUAUAAGUGUUGUCUUACUGCCAUGAAGGACUACUGAAAUAAACUUUACAAUCAUAGAGGAACAA